CCCCCGGUCCCCCCGGUGGAGCGCGGCGGGCGCGGCGGGCGCGGGGCGCUCCGGGCGGUGCGGGCCGGGCCGGGCCGGGGCCGCCCCGCCAUGUCCGUCAACAUGGAGGAGCUGCGGCACCAGGUGAUGAUCAACCAGUUCGUGCUGGCGGCGGGCUGCGCCGCCGACCAGGCCAAGCAGCUGCUGCAGGCGGCACACUGGCAGUUUGAGACAGCCCUCAGCGCCUUCUUCCAGGAGACCAACAUUCCCAGCAGCCACCACCCCCCCCAGAUGAUGUGCACCCCCAGCAACACGCCGGCCACGCCGCCCAACUUCCCGGACGCGCUGGCCAUGUUCUCCAAGCUGCGCACCUCGGAGAGCCUGCAGAGCAGCAACAGCCCCAUCACCUCCAUGGCCUGCUCCCCCCCGGGCAGCUUCAGCCCCUUCUGGGCCUCCUCUCCCCCCAGCCACCAGCCCUCGUGGCUGCCCCCGUCGUCGCCCACGGCCCACGGCCUACACCACCACCUGCACCACGGGCAGCCCUCCUGGCCGCCCACCCCCCCGGCCCCCGCCCCCCCACAGAAAGCCGUGGCCACCAUGGAUGGGCAGAGAUAAGGCUGGGGCUGCCCAAGGGCUGGGGGGGGGCAGGGGCAGGGGCUGGCCGAGAAACGCACUGGAAUCAUUUUCUAGGUUUUAUUAUUAUUUUUAGAGGGGGGGAGCACAUGCUGCCAGGGAGGGCGCUGAGCUGUGAGAGCCUCUGGCUGAUCUCUACUCCCCUCCCCUUUUUUUAAAAAAAAAUAUAUAACUAUAAUAUAUAAAUAUAUCUAAUGUAUAUAGAUCAGAGAGAAGGAGCAGCAGCGUGGAGGCAGCUGCUGGGUGUCUGGGGGUUUUCCCUGUGGCUCUGUCCUCACCCAGCAUCUCUACAUCAGGGCAGGACAGGAAUAACAAAAAUAAAUGGAUGGAGGUGGCUGUUGGUCCCCCAGAUCAGCCACACAGACAUGGAGCCACUGGACACCCUCCCCAGCUCUGGCUCCCUGGGCACUUGUUGCAGUGCCCAGAGCAACAGCAGCUCUCUGGCUCCCCAAAUUCAGCCCAGCUUCUUGCACAGACCCCCCCCUGGACGUGACCCCAACCCCAUCCUCCCUCCCUCGGCACCCCCAGGGCCUGGGGGUUUAUCAGAGUGAUGUCCCCCUGUCCCUGUGACCGCCCUACGUGGUGCUUCCCCAGGCAGGGGGGAGCUGGGGUUUUUUUAGUUUUCAAAUCAAUGUUGCUUAAAAAAAAACAGACAGAAAACCAAAAAAAAAAAAAAAAAAAGAUAAAAAAGAUCCAGCAAAAAAACAGGUUGAAGGUUUUUUAUUAAUUUAAAAAAUAAUAAAAACUAAAAAAAAAAAAAAAAAAAUCA